AUAAGCUGUCAACAAGAUUUCCUUACAGCUAAGGUUAAUAUAAAAAAUAUAAAUUUAGCGCGAAUUUCUGACAGAAGACAAUUAUUUGUUUUGGUGUUUUACUAAUGUUAUUUUUCUAAUUAUUUUUAUAUAAUAUAUGAUUUUUAUUUUGUAAAGUUACAAUAAAGAGACAAUGGUUCUACAGAAUACAGGAAAAUACAGAGGUGAUAGAGAGGACAGUGUCAAGAAAGAUGCAGGAUCAUCGUCAGGCCCUAGAGAGGAGUCAUCAGAGUCUCGUAUCCGUGUGGCAUUGGAAAAUGAUAAAAUAGAUUCCAAAUAUGGAUUCGAAAGAGUGCGUGAUACUAAGGAAAGGACAGGUUAUCUCAUUAAUAUGCAUACAGCAGAAAUUCUGGAUGAAGAUAAAAGACUUGUGGCUGCCAUGGAUUAUUACUUUAUUGAGAUGGAUGGGACAAGAUUCAAAGUGUCGCUAACAUUUCAACCGUAUUUCCUGAUAUUGGCAAGGAGGGAGUGUGAGCAAGAAGUUAUACAGUACUUAUCUAAAAAGUUUGCUGGCACUAUUCAUAAGAUAUAUGUUAUAGAAAAAGAAGAUUUGGAUUUGCUGAAUCACUUGUCAGGCAUAAAACAACGUUACAUAAAAUUAACAUUCAUGUCUCAAAAUGAAAUGAUGAAAGUCAGAAAAGAACUCUUGACAGCCGUGAACAAAAACAAGGAGCGGGAGAAAAAGGACGCUAUAUAUGCUGAAAUGUUAACAAAUGCAUUGACCAGUGCAGCAGCUAUAGAACAUGCUAAGAAAACAACGGACCACAUGGAAAAUAUUUUGGAUAUAAGAGAACAUGAUGUCCCAUACCAUGUCAGAGUAUCAAUUGAUAUGAAAAUCUUCUGUGGUACAUGGUAUACAGUGAAGGGGAGAGGGACAGAGACACCUAUAUUUACAAAAAGGGAUGACAUCAUUGAGAGACCUGAUCCAAUAGUGUUGGCUUUUGAUAUAGAGACAACAAAGCUUCCUCUCAAGUUCCCUGACUCACAAACUGAUCAGAUCAUGAUGAUUUCAUAUAUGAUAGAUGGCCAGGGUUAUUUAAUUACCAAUAGAGAAAUCAUAUCAGUAGAUGUCGAGGAUUUUGAGUACACGCCAAAACCAGAAUUUGAAGGUCAAUUCAUUGUAUUCAAUGAACCAAAUGAACUGGCACUGAUACAGAAAUUUUUUGACCACAUCAUGGAUGUUAAACCACAUAUUUUUGUAACUUAUAAUGGUGACUUCUUCGAUUGGCCUUUUGUAGAGGCACGCGCUGCGAUCUUGGGUCUGGAUAUGAAACAAGAAAUAGGUUUUAGUAAAAUAGCAGCUAGGGACAACAGUUACGCCUGCCGACCAGCGAUGCAUAUGGACUGUUUAUGUUGGGUGAAGAGAGAUUCAUAUUUGCCAGUUGGGUCUCAAGGUUUGAAAGCUGUUGCCAAAGCAAAGUUGAGAUACGAUCCUGUUGAGUUAGACCCCGAGGAUAUGUGUCGGAUGGCGGCUGAACAACCACAGGUACUUUCGAACUAUUCAGUGUCUGAUGCUGUGGCCACAUACUAUUUAUACAUGAAGUAUGUUCAUCCAUUCAUCUUUGCGCUCUGUACGAUCAUCCCAUUGGAACCCGACGAAGUGCUCCGUAAAGGCUCAGGCACUCUCUGCGAAUCGUUACUGAUGGUGGAGGCGUUCCACGCAAACAUCGUAUUUCCCAACAAGCAAGUGGAGGAAUUAAACAAAUUGACCAAUGACGGACACGUUCUCGAGACGGAGACGUAUGUAGGCGGCCACGUGGAGGCGCUCGAGUCAGGUGUAUUCCGCGCCGACAUAAAAUGUAAAUUCAAAAUAGUACCGUCCGCUGUUGAGAAAUUAAUGGAUAACACAGAGAAGACGAUGAGACACGCCAUCGAGGUAGAGGAAGGCAUCCCGUUAGAAAUGGUCACAAAUUUCGAUGAAGUGUGUGGAGAAAUUAAAGGGAAACUACAGCACAUGCGCGACCAUCCGCGCAGGGACGAGAACCCGCUCAUUUAUCAUUUAGACGUUGGCGCCAUGUACCCCAAUAUUAUUUUAACUAACAGAUUGCAGCCGUCAGCGAUGGUGAACGCGAGCAUUUGCGCGGUAUGCGACUACAACCGGCCUGGCGCUGCCUGCCAGCGGACCAUGGAGUGGAUGUGGCGCGGCGACUACCUGCCAGCAACACGUAGCGAAUAUCAACGCAUACAGCAACAGUUGGAGACUGAGAAGUUCCCUCCACUUCAUCCCGGAGGACCGCCCAGGGCUUUUCACGCUUUGCCCAAAGAAGACCAGGCAGCUUACGAAAAGAAGCGUUUGGCUGAUUACUGUAAAGUGGCGUAUAAGAAGACUAAAGUAACCAGAACCGAAGUGCGCACCACAACUAUAUGCCAGAAAGAAAACUCGUUCUAUGUGGAUACCGUUCGUGCUUUCAGAGACCGCCGCUACGAGUACAAAGCGUUAAACAAGCAAGCGAAGGCGAAGGUAGCGGAAGCAGUGGCGAGCGGCGACGCGGCAGAAAUCAAACUCGCCAAGAGCAGGGAGGUGUUGUACGACUCGCUGCAGCUUGCGCACAAGUGUAUCCUAAACUCUUUCUACGGUUACGUCAUGAGGAGAGGAGCUCGCUGGCACAGUAUGGAGAUGGCAGGCAUAGUAUGCUACACGGGCGCGAACAUUAUAAUGCGUGCUCGCGAGAUAAUCGAGCAAGUCGGCAGACCGCUGGAAUUGGAUACUGAUGGUAUCUGGUGCGUGCUUCCGUCGUCGUUCCCCGAGAACGUGACCGUUCACACUACCCACGCCAAAAAGAAAAAGAUAAAUGUGUCAUUCCCCAAUGCGGUACUCAACUCUAUGGUUAAAGACUAUUUCACAAAUGACCAAUACUUCGAACUGACUGAUCCCGAAACCAAGAAAUAUGAGCAACGCGCCGAAAACUCUAUAUUCUUUGAAGUUGACGGGCCCUACCUCGCUAUGGUGUUGCCAGCGUCCAAAGAGGAAGGGAAGAGGCUCAAGAAAAGAUAUGCUGUGUUCAAUUUCGAUGGAUCGUUGGCUGAACUGAAAGGUUUCGAAGUGAAACGUCGUGGCGAAUUGCAGCUUAUAAAAAUCUUCCAAUCGUCCGUGUUUGAGGCGUUCCUCAAAGGCAACGAUCUAAAAUCCUGUUAUGGAGCAGUGGCUAAGGUCGCCGAUUACUGGCUCGAUGUACUGUACAGUAAAGGUUCCAAUAUGCCUGAUUCGGAGUUAUUUGAACUUAUAUCAGAGAACAGAUCCAUGUCGAAGAAACUGGAAGAUUACGGUGGUCAAAAGUCGACCUCUAUAUCAACCGCGAAAAGGCUUGCUGAAUUCUUAGGUGAUCAGAUGGUGAAGGACGCGGGGUUGGCGUGUAGGUUUAUAAUAUCACGGAAGCCGGAAGGCGCCCCAGUAACCGAGCGCGCUAUCCCACUGGCGAUCUUCCAGUCGCCGGGCAGCGUCAAGCGGCACCACCUGCGGCGCUGGCUCAAGGACUCCAGCAUCACCGAGGACGUGGACAUCCGCGACGUGCUCGACUGGGCCUACUACAUCGAGCGGCUCAGCGGCGCCAUACAGAAGAUCAUUACCAUACCGGCCGCUAUGCAGGGGUUGGACAACCCGGUACCUCGAGUGCAAUAUCCGGACUGGUUGCACAAGAAGAUGCUCGCAAAAACAGACAAGUACAAAACAAGAAAGAUCACUGAUAUGUUCACAGCGAAGCCUAAGGAGUUGAAGCAGAAUGGUGAAUAUGAGGACGAUGGGAGUCAUCAAACGGAUCAGCCUAUGGACACAGUCGACAUAGAAGAUAUAGGUAAAGAAAACACAGAGCACAAUGAGAUUAGGCCUGUGGUACACAAAGUAAAAAGGAAGCGUGCAGAGUCGCCGCCGCCCCCCGCCACGUGGAGGGAAGCGCUGGGGUCGCCGCCGCCAUUCGGUACCACAAAGGAAGAACGUAAACAGUGGAUACUGUUUCAAAAGAAGAAAUGGAUGUGGCAGAUGGAGCAGCGUGGAAUGAGGAAUCGCAAUAAACGAGGAAAGAUAGAUGAUGGCCCUGUCGUACCGGCCAAGAGUGGUCCCGCUACUACGCUUGGCGGAUUCAUCAGGAGAGCGCAGCGGACGCUGCUGAAUACGCCUUGGCAAAUAAUACAGGUAUUAGAAACGGCGGAGCCGGGGCUGUUCAGACUGUGGGCGCUGGUGGGCACCGAGCUGCACCAGAUCAAGCUAACGGUUCCACGGAUUUUCUACGUAAACCAACGCACGGCCCGCACUACCGACAGCGGCCAGUAUUGGCGCCGCUGCAACCGCAUACUACCGCGGGCGCGGCCUGCACUGCACCUCUACCAGUACUCCGUACCCGAGCACAUCUACAGGGAACACCAAGAAGAACUAAUGGGCGAACUCUCAGCACCAGAAAUUGAAGGAAUAUAUGAAACACAAAUGAGUCUUGAAUUCCGAGUGUUGGUGCAACUCGGCUGCAUCUGCACCGUAGAUCCAACGGAAGCGAGAAAAUUAGUACAGUUUGGUUCUAACAAUAUGGAAUCGUUUACGCUCAACCAACUACAGUUUAAGAGUGUGGCACAUCAAUCGUAUUUACAAAAACAGGAUGGCGUUGCUCCCAUAAAGCAUAUAUUCCUGUACCAACAUUCAGCGGCGAACUCUAGUCGCAGCAUGUGGGCGCUGGUGUUGCCACCUAUCAAAAAAGGCUAUAUCUUUGUGUUGGACACUGUGAAGACGAACCAAAUGCCUAAUAUGAAUACACUUUAUUCCACCGAACGGACCGCUAAGAUCAACCUGGGCACGGCCGAGAGCACACUGCCGGCUGCCGAACUGACGUGGGAGGUGUCGCUAGAAACGGAGGCUCGUGCCGUGUACCGCGGGAUACAGCGCGCGCUGCAGCGCUGCCGGGACGAGCGCUGCGGGCCAGCGCUGCUGGCGCUGCAAACCGACCUGUCCGCGCCCGCGCUGCUUGCACUCAUGCCCGGCGUGUCGGAGUUCCCGCUGGUGGCGCUGCAGGUGCGCGACGCGGAGUCGCUGUUGGGCUCGCUCGACUGGCAGCGGCUCGGCGCACGUGCAGUCGUGCGCCACUACCUCAACCUGCACGCCGUGCUCGACCUCACCAUCGAGCAGUGCAGGUACUUCCAUGUUCCUGUCGGCAAUAUGCCAGCGGACCCGACGCUGUUCGGUGCAGACCUGUUUUAUGCACGCCACCUUCUCAAGCACAACUUUGUGUUGUGGUGCUCCAGCCUCGAGCGACCUGACCUCGGCGGGAGAGAGACUGACGACAACAGACUGGUGAGCGAAGUUGAAGAGCUGUCGGGGUGGUCGCACAACGCUCGCGGCGCGUACAGCAGCGUGUGCGUGGAGCUGGAGAGCGACGCGCUGGCCGUGUGCGCGCUGCUGCAGGCGCAGCUCGUGCUGCAGCUCGAGGGCACCAGCGUCGCCACCUCCUUCGGCGCCGCGCACGCCUCCAUACACGACGUCAUGGCCAACACCGGUCCGAACGCGUCGGUGAACUACGACGAAACGGCGCAGUGCAGCGCGGCGUUCAAGAUCCUGCGCACCAUGAUUGCGUCGUGGCUGCGUGACGUCACGCAGUACAAGAACGUCUUCGCCGACUUUCAGAUAUCGCAUUUCUACAGGUGGCUAAAAACUCCUACGUCACUGCUGUACGACCCGGCCCUGCGGCGCACCUUGUACAACCUGAUGAAGAAGCUGUUCCUCAUGUUGGUGGCUGAGUUCAAGCGGCUCGGUUCCGUCAUAGUGUACGCGGACUUUAAUAAAAUUAUACUGUGCACCAAGAAGAACAAUGUUUUGGAUGGUAUAGGCUAUGUGGAGUUUGUGGUACAAAGUAUAAGGAACAAGGAACUGUUCCACGGUAUCGACAUUCGAUACAAACAGUGCUGGUCCUACCUGCUGUGGCUCGACGAGGCCAAUCACGCCGGCGUACAGGGUAAAUUGCCACAAGGAUUGGUCGAAGUCGGGUCGUCGCAGCUUCCACCCGCCGAAGAAGAAACUGAUAAUGACGAAUGUUCAAUAACAAUGCAAUGGAAUCUGGCGAACUUCCUGCCGGCCUCUGUGCGCGAGCAAUUCGCGGCGGCGGUGGCGGGCUUCCUCAGCGCCGCGUACAGCCAAUCGGACCAGCUAGCGGCGCUGCUGCGCGGCGAGAUCUCACAGAAACUGUUCCAGGUGACGGAGAAGAUCAACAGUCGAACGCCAUCGUUGCGCGAGGCGGAGCUGGCCUCGCGACCGGGCCGGCGGCCUGGCGCCUUGCCGGCCGGCGCCACGCCCGCGCUGCUCUUUGUCAACGCUGUUUGUAAAGUCUUCUCUCUCGACACCAACGUCGAAGAUGAGGUGACCCUGCUACGGCGUAAUCUCUUACGGCUGGUGGGUGUGGGCGAGUUCAGCAGCGCGGCCGAGUGGACGGACCCAUGCGCGAGUUGCGUAGUCGGCGAGAUCAUUUGCAAGGUUUGCAACCGGUGUCGUGACCUUGACCUCUGCCGGGAUCCCGGCAUGCACCUCCUUGACGGCGUGCCGGUGUGCGUGUGCCCAACGUGUAACACGCCGUACGACAACCAGGAGUUGGAGUGGCGACUGAUCGAGACCAUGAACAGACGAGCGAUGACUUACACACUACAAGACCUUAUAUGCAGCAGAUGUCACCAGGUAAAACGUGAAAAUUUAUCAAUGGUAUGUGAUUGUGCAGGAGACUUCACCCUCAUGGUCCCUGUGAAGGAAAUUCAUUCACAGCUCGCAACAUUCAAAACUAUAGCUGAAUAUUAUAAAAUGCCACUUUUAUUAGAGCUUAUCAAUUUUAAUUUAAAUAAUAUGUGAUGAAUAAUGUAAUUAUAUGUGAACAUGAAUAUAUAUUUUUAUAAUGUCA